AGUAAUAACCAGAUCAAACUGUCAAGUACACAAGAUAGACAGAGUAUAGAAAAUAAUUCCUUUUGACAUUUCAAAGUAAAGGGACACGCGAACGUAGGCAAGAUUUCGCCAACGUUCGCCCUCUUUUACCAGUUAUGUCUCGAAAUAAACAACAUGAGGAGACGGACAAGCUCACGCGUAUCGCAAUUGUGAACGCCGAUCGCUGCAAGCCAAAGCGAUGCAGGCAGGAGUGCAAGAAGAGUUGCCCGGUGGUGCGGAUGGGCAAGCUUUGCAUCGAGGUGACGCCCAACGACAAGAUCGCUACCAUAUCGGAGGAACUCUGCAUCGGUUGUGGUAUUUGUGUCAAGAAAUGCCCAUUUGAUGCAAUUACCAUCAUCAACAUCCCAUCAAACCUGGAAAAGCAUACAACCCAUCGCUACUCCAAGAAUUCAUUCAAGCUACAUCGCCUGCCCAUCCCGCGGCCUGGUGAAGUUCUUGGGCUUGUCGGCCAGAACGGUAUCGGCAAGUCUACUGCCCUGAAGAUCCUUGCGGGGAAACAGAAGCCCAAUCUGGGCCGCUAUUCUGAUCCCCCGGACUGGCAAGAGAUCCUCUCCCACUUCCGUGGCUCUGAGCUGCAGAAUUACUUCACCAAGAUCCUGGAGGAUGACCUGAAGGCCCUAAUCAAGCCUCAGUAUGUGGACCAGAUCCCCAGGGCUGUGAAAGGAACAGUUGGACAACUGUUGGAUAGGAAAAAUGAUAUGAACAAUGUAGAUGAAAUUUGCAAGAUGCUUGAUCUCUCUCACAUCCGCGACCGCGAGAUCGCGGCGCUGUCCGGCGGAGAGCUGCAGCGCUUCGCCUGUGCCAUGGUGUGCAUCCAGAACGGGGACAUUUUCAUGUUCGACGAGCCGUCUUCCUAUCUGGACGUCAAGCAGCGUCUCAACGCUGCCCGCACGAUUCGCUCGCUCAUCCAUCCUGAUAAGUUCAUCAUCGUGGUGGAGCACGACUUGUCAGUGCUGGACUACCUGUCUGACUUUAUUUGCUGUCUGUAUGGCGUGCCCGGUGCUUAUGGUGUUGUGACUAUGCCUUUCUCUGUACGAGAAGGUAUCAAUAUAUUCCUUGAUGGGUUUGUGCCCACAGAAAACAUGAGAUUCAGGACUGAAUCCUUGGUCUUCAAGGUUGCUGAGUCAGCAACUGAAGAAGAGAUUAAAAGAAUGAACCAUUAUGAGUACCCGGAAAUGUCAAAAAAAAUGGGAGAUUUCUAUCUUCGCGUGAAGUCCGGCGAGUUCUCAGACUCCGAGAUUUUAGUUUUGCUCGGAGAGAACGGAACCGGAAAGACAACAUUUAUCAGAAUGUUGGCUGGCAACUUGGAACCUGAAGAAGGUUCGGGCACCCUGCCGCAGUUGCACAUUAGUUAUAAACCACAGAAAAUAUCUCCCAAGUCGCAGGGCUUAGUCCGAAGCUUGCUGCAUGAAAAAAUUAGAGAUGCAUAUAUUCACCCUCAGUUUAUCACGGACGUGAUGAAGCCCAUGAAGAUUGAGGAGAUCAUGGACCAGGAGGUGCAGAACCUGUCGGGAGGUGAAUUGCAGCGAGUGGCGCUGGUGCUAUGUUUGGGCAAGCCCGCCGAUGUUUACCUCAUCGACGAGCCCUCUGCUUACCUUGACUCUGAACAGCGUUUGGUUGCAGCUAAAGUUAUUAAAAGAUUCAUCCUCCACGCGAAGCGGACAGGCUUCGUGGUGGAGCACGACUUCAUCAUGGCGACGUACCUGGCGGACCGUGUGAUAGUGUUCGAGGGCACGCCGUCGUCGGACGCGACGGCGCACGCGCCGCAGUCGCUGCUCAACGGCAUGAACAAGUUCCUCGAGCUGCUGGGCAUCACGUUCAGGAGGGACCCUAACAACUUCAGGCCUAGGAUCAAUAAACAUUCUUCUGUGAAGGACAUGGAACAGAAACGGGCAGGUCAAUACUUCUUCCUGGAGGACUAGACCGCGGAACCACCACGAUAUUUAUAUACUUCGCCGGAACUGUAUCUGUCACAACCGUGAUGGCGCGCCAUCCGUGUAUUUCCAUUAUAUUACUGUAAUAAAAAUCAGUUUUAUACAACCA